GGAGGAAAAGAAGGGGGAGCCGCGGCUCAGCUCGGAGCGGCCCGGCGCGGCCCGCUCGCAUGGGCCGCGCUUGGCCCCGCUGUCGGAGAGGCCGAGGAGUGGGGAAUGAGGAGAGAGGCGGCGGGCGCUCUCCCUCCCCGCUCUUCGCAGCGGGGUAGGCGCCGAGAGCUCCCUUCCUCUCCCCCCGGCCGGUGGCGGGGCUUCCGUGGCAGAGCCGGCCCCCAGCGCGGCGGGCCGGGAGCCGCGGGGCCGCGGCGGGGCCAAGCAGGCCUCGCCGGGGAGGUCGGUAUGGGGCCGGCGCUGCCAGUGGGGCCGUCUGACAGACGGACAGACAAAGAACUGGGGAGCUGCAGACUGACGGACAGGCGGGCUGGCACCGUGUCCCGUUGGCCUCAUCUUCCCGGGCGGCCGUAUCCUCCCGCUACCCGCGUCUCCAUUGUUCCUGGUGUAAGCUAGGUUAUUGCACUUAAGAAUGAACAUUGAAGACAAGCUGGGAGGAUUAUUUCUUAAAUGUGGUGGCAUAGACCAAAUGCAGUCAUCCAGGGCUAUGGUAGGGAUGGGUGCAGUAUCUGACCAGUCUGGAGUGUCGGGAGAACGGCAAGAGGCAGUGCUUCAAGAUCGGACUAUGGCGCACCAAGAAAUUCUUGCAGCAGAUGAAGUGUUACAGGAGAGUGAACUUCGACAGCAAGAGAUGAUUUCACAUGAUGAACUCAUGGUCCAUGAGGAGACGGUAAAAAAUGAUGAUGACAUCGAUGCGCAAGAUAGACUUCCUCAAGGGCUGCAGUAUGCUGUUAAUGUCCCUAUCAGUGUAAAGCAAGAAAUUACCUUUACUGAUGCAUCUGAACAACAGAAACGAGACAAAAAACAAAUACGAGAGCCAGUAGAUUUGCAGAAAAAGAAGAAAAGAAAACAGCGUUCACCAGCAAAAAUCCUUACAAUAAAUGAGGAUGGAUCACUUGGUCUGAAAACCCACAAAUCUCAUGUUUGUGAGCAUUGCAAUGCUGCCUUUAGAACCAACUACCAUUUACAGAGACAUGUCUUCAUUCAUACAGGUGAAAAACCAUUUCAGUGCAGUCAGUGCGACAUGCGUUUCAUACAGAAGUACCUGCUACAGAGGCAUGAGAAGAUUCAUACUGGUGAAAAGCCAUUUCGUUGUGAUGAAUGUGGUAUGAGGUUUAUUCAGAAGUAUCACAUGGAAAGGCACAAAAGAACGCACAGUGGAGAGAAGCCUUACCAGUGUGAAUAUUGUUUGCAGUAUUUCUCCAGGACUGAUCGUGUGCUGAAACAUAAACGUAUGUGCCAUGAAAACCGCGACAAGAAACCGAACAGAAGUGCCACCAAAGUUGGCUUCUUGCCAUCAGAGGAAGAUUCUGGUUUCUCUACGCCUAUGAAAGACAGCUCCUUGCCAAAGAAGAAAAGGCAGAAAACAGAGAAAACAAAAUCUGGGGAUAAGGAAAGUGCAGAUAAAUUGGAACAGAAGAAGGACAAAAAUGACUAUUUGCCGUUGUACUCUUCUAGUACUAAAGUAAAAGAUGAAUAUAUGGUAGCGGAAUAUGCUGUCGAGAUGCCACAUUCUUCGGUCAGUGGAACGCACUUAGAAGAAGCAAACUCUGGAGAAAUACACCCACCUAAACUUGUUCUCAAAAAGGUUAACAGCAAGAGGAGUCUGAAACAGCCACUUGAGCAAAGUCAAACCAUUUCACCCUUAUCUACAUAUGAAGACAACAAGGUUUCAAAGUAUGCCUUUGAUCUUGUGGAUAAGCAAAGUUUACUGGACUCUGAAGGUAAUGCUGACAUUGAUCAAGUUGACACAUUACAGGAAGGACCCAGUAAGCCUGUACACAGCAGCACUAAUUAUGAUGAUGCAAUGCAGUUUUUAAAGAAAAAGAGAUAUCUACAAGCAGCUAGUAAUAACAGUAGAGAAUAUGCCUUGAAUGUAAGUACCAUAGCAUCUCAACCUUCAGUAACGCAGGCGGCUGUGGCCAGCGUCAUUGAUGAAACUGCUACAGCCUCAAUAUUAGACACACAGGCACUGAAUGUUGAAAUUAAAGGUAACCAUGACAAAAAUGUCAUUCCAGAUGAGGUACUGCAGACUCUGCUAGAUCAUUAUUCACACAAGGCUAAUGGACAACAUGAGAUAUCUUUCAGUGUGGCUGACACUGAGGUGACUUCCAGUAUAUCAAUCAAUUCUUCUGAAGUAUCUGAGGUCACCCAAUCUGAGACUGUUGGGACAAGCUCUCAAGCUUCCUCAUCAGAUAAAGCUAGUAUGUUACAAGAAUAUUCAAAGUUUUUACAACAAGCUUUGGACAGAACUAGCCAAAAUGAUGCCUAUUUGAACAACCCAAGCCUUAAUUUUGUGACUGAUAACCAGACUCUUACAACCCAGCCAGCAUUUCCUUCCAUGGAGAAGGUCUACACAUCUAUACCUGUCAAUAGCUUUCGAUCGGGAAUGAACUCUCCAUUAAGAACAACUCCAGACAAGUCUCAUUUUGGACUAAUUGUUGGUGAUUCGCAGCACCCUUUUCCCUUUUCAGGUGAUGAGGCAAAUCAUUCUUCUUCCUCCUCUACACAGGACUUCUUGGAUCAAGUAACUUCUCAGAAGAAAGCAGAGGCACAGCCUGUUCAUCAAGCAUAUCAGAUUAGCUCGUUUGAGCAGCCCUUUAGAGCUCAGUACCAUGGGACAAGAGCUGGAAUAUCAUCUCAGUUUAGCACUGCCAAUGGACAGGUGAACCUUCGGGGACCAGGGACAAGUGCUGAUUUCCCAGAAUUUCCCUUGGUGAAUGUAAACGAUAGCAGAGCUGGGAUGACUUCUUCACCUGAUGCCACAACAGGCCAGACUUUUGGCUGAGAAACCUUUGUAAAUAAUACUGGCACUUUAGAACACAUUUGUCAAAAGGGGGUUGCUCUGUGUAAAAUGGAGUUCUGUACAGCUUUUAAGAGCUCUGUGUUAAAACUAAGCUGAUAUUAGCAAGACCAAUAACUGCUUCCUUUUUUUUCUUUUUUUUCUUUUUUUUCUUUAUCUUGUUAGUCAGCAGUUGUUGAACUGCCUGAUGUUGGUGCCCUUAUCAAAAGCAGUUUAUUAUUCACUUGUUUGAAUCUAGAAAAUAUUUUACCUUCUAUGAAAUUUUAAAUAAACGAAAUCCCCAGGUAAGACUUUCCCCCAUGAUUGUUUCCUUACUGGUUUCCUUCUAUGCUUCGGGAGGACAGUUUAUUGUCUGACACUAUUCAUAUUGUCAUUUCUAAGCUUGUCAGCAUAGUCAUUGCUCUUCAGCAGGGAAUCAACAUGUACUGAACACACAGAAUAAACAAUAAGAUUCAAAGGCAGGCAAAUACGGCUUUAAAAGAUGGCAUUUUCUAAAGAAAGAAUCGUUUGCCCAUCUCUCUCAAAAAUAAUUAUAGACCAUGUGCCCUUUUAUUUAUGCUUUGCAUUACCUUGAGUUGGUUUGGAGGAAAAAUUGAUUUUUGGUAGACUACUGUUUAAAAGUCUGAUUAAUUUAAAAUAUUUUAAACACUUUUUUUAAAGCAAAAUGCCUAAUUGCUAAAGCCUUUACUUCAUUCCUGAAGUAAUGUGUAUUUCUUUGUACAGCCGAAUCUAGAUGUAACUUUUUAAUGACUUUUUCAUACACAGAUACCAAGAUUCUGAAGUUUUAGUUAAAAUACUCUGUAGCUGACAUUCCCAAUUGCGUAAUGCUUACACAAAUUGUGUAUUCCAGGAUUUAAAAGCUUAAUUGUACCUUACCCUACAUACUCAUAAUGGUUAACAUAGAGCACUUAGUCAACUUCAUAGUUCUAAUUUCUCAAAAAAAUAAAACCAUUUUUAGGUUUGAUAUGGUUGCAUCAUUUUCAUCUCAUACAGUAAUUCUUUUCAGUAUACCUGAGAUUGGGUACACUUAGCUUCCGUAAAAAAAAUUUUAAUUCUCUUUCUAGAAUUUUGACAAUUGAGAUAAUUAAAUUUAUUGAAGUACCCCCUGAAAGCUGAAGAAGUGGGCAUUCAAUUCAAAUUCCCUACCUUUUUAGUGUUUGCUUAGUGAAAGUCAUUACAGUUUUACCAGCCAGAACCGCUGAAUAAUGCUAGUGAACAGGAUUUCUUUUUCCAGCAUAGGCAAGUGAUCAGAACUUUUCAUUGCAUUUCACCGUAUAAAUAAACUACCAAGUUUAUCCCUGUACCAUGAAUAUGUUUAUUUGAAUAGUACUUUGUCUUGAAGUAUACAGUAUGGUACGAUAAGUAGUUAUGUGUGCAUUUUUAAGGUGGUAAUAUUUGAGUAGCAUAACUAUUGUAUAGUUUAAGUUAACAAGUUACAGAUUUUGAACUGUAUGUUCAUUUUUUUGCACCUUCCCUAAAGGGACACUGUCUGGUAGUUUAAGGCAGUUUAAGCCUAAUUUAGGCUGAUUAACCAGGGAAAAACACACACACAUGUAUAUAUAUAUAUAUAUAGGUAUGUAUGUAUAUGGUGGUUGUGUUUCUUUUUUAAAUAGGAUUGCAUACAUCCUUUUAUAGCACUAUUGCUAGGUGGUAUCUCUCAGAUGAAGCCAUCAGCUAGGAGAAAAGACUGCGUCUCAAGGGGCUAAAAUACAUCCUUCUUUUAAGAAAGGACUUUAGAAGAUCAUACAGCAGUUCCCACCUCUUCCCAAAGCAGUAGCAGUAUUUUUCUUAAUUUCAUUACUAGGAAGCUGAUCCAUCUCUUUUCCCUAAUGGUAGCACUGUUUAAGUGCUUCCUUCACCUGGUACAGUUGAGGGAGAAAGUAUGUUUAUUAUCCAUUGCUUGCUUCUUAUACUGACAAGAAAUACAAUUUAUGUAAACUUCUUAAUACUUUUGUAUAACAAAGCAGGUUCUGUUUUGAUUCAUUGAUCCUGUGUAUAAUAUAGGAAGGUGUUUCAGCAUGCCAUGACUUGCCAGUAAUUUUGUCCGAGUAUUUGGCCCUGAGUUAUGAAGAAUGAGCAUCAAGGGAGAAAAGUAAAUUUCUCAUGGAUUAUUGAUGAUAUGUGUAAAGAAAUUUCUUUAAAGGAUAUUUUAAAACUGGUUCAUGUCUCUCUGUUUUUCUUCCUUUAUGGUCAGUUUGGUUUUUUGACUUUCCAUUCUGUGUUGCACAGACACAAUACAUCUGGCCCCAAUAUCCCUGGAAGCCACCUCUUGUAAUGCAUGUUUCGUUUUCAGUGUUUCAUUUACAUGACAUCCUAGCCUGUGCUGCCUGAGUAAUACUGUGUUGGCGUCAUUGUUCUAAUGACCUGUUGCUGCAAGUAGAUGGCCAUUAAUAAUAGUAUUUGUUAAAUACAACAAGCAGCAAAAGCUAAAAAAAAAAAAAAAAAAAAUAGCUAGAUGAUUACUGCACUUCUCUGGCCCCAUAGGAAGGUCAGAGGAACAAAACUUCCUUCUCCCUGAGGAGAUUGACUCAGCUUUAUUUUCAAAAGUUACUACAUUGAUAGUAUGCUGUGAGAAAGUGACUUGAGGAGUAGGAAGGAGUAGUUCUCACUCCAUGCCAUAUUCAGACUUGGGAGUUACUUCUGGGGUGUGUGAGGGAACAAGCGCUCUUGGCUUCCAAGAGUUGAAGGAACUUGCUCAGAACAAAGUGGCACUCACCUGGGGAACAGUUAUUCUUUAUGUCGCAGCUUAUUCUCUAGCCUGCUGCUGAGCCAUUACAGCUCUACUCCGUGCCUUAGGAUAGGUGUUGAAGUCCCUGUCUACCCCAAAGGGACUGUCUUAUAGGAUUCUUCCACGUGUACAAUUAAAGCGGUGGUGCGAGUAGUUAAUCCACUGAUACUUGAAGCUUUCUGUACUGCAGGAGAUAGCCAACUGUAUACAGCAAUGAUUUCCCAAGCAUAUGCCCUCUUACUAUGAAAUAAGUGUAUAUGUAGUUCUGGGAGGUUUAACUAUGUAGGAAGUUUUUGCUUGUUAAUAAUCACAUUACUUAGUAACAUUUUCCACUGCUGAUGUUUUGCUGUUUUUAAUCUGCUACAGAGUCACACUCUUCAUUUUGAUCUGGUCUGUGCGCAUUUUUGUUAGUUUUCCGUUUGUAUCUCGGAAAAAGCAACUUUGUUUUUCUGUUCUUUUCAUAGACUGAUACUGUUCAGUCAGUCCGCAUAAAGCUGGGGUGAGCAUUUAUAUUCCACAGAUCUAACAGCAAACGCUCUUACUUAAAGGUCAUGCAAGCACUGAGAGUGUGUGUGUGUUUGUGUGUGUGUAAGGUGGAAUUUUUUGGGGAUAUCUCCUAGUGAUAGAGCAAUGAUGAUUUUAAAAAGGAGGAAAUUGAUUACAUUUAUUACCAAACUAUAUGUGCAGUACAUAUAUAUACACACACACAUAUUAAUAGACCAUAUUUUGGUCCUAAAUUACUUGACAGUGUCCCUUUUAGCAUGAACCCAUUGAUAUGUUUUACCAUUAAUAUAACAGACAAUGAAGGAAUUGUAAUGGUAUGCUAAUAGGCAAUUACAUUUUCUUCAUUUGAUUUGAGAAUGAAUUAAUCAUAAAUUACAAGGUUUGGGGAGGAGGAUUAACCAUAUGUGUUACUGUAUGUUGGUUUACGAAUAUCAACCUAAACAAUUUAAAUUGGAUGAUAAAAGAACUGUGUUUAUGAUCUUGUGUCUCCUAGUGUUGUGUUUAGGAAAAUGGUGUUUCAAGAAGAAAAUAGGACAAGAAAGUAUUCAUGUGAAAUGACACUUGUAUUAUUUUUAGAUUAUACUUGUCAAUUUUUUGGAUGAUGGGAGCUUUUCAUUGUUAAUUGAGAAGUACAGUAAAAUCUUGCUAAUUCGCUGACCGCUAAUCAGAGCCUCCAUUAGGUUUAUACAUCCCCAAUGAUCUCUUCCCCACCUCUCUGCAAUAGUCUAAAAAGUACUGUAGUGAGGUCUGAUAUUAGAAAUACUGUAUGACUUCACCCAAGUAUACUACAGAAUUUAUACAAGUAUACUGGGAGGUAGAAGAAGUAUUGAAAACUAAAUUACAGUUGUCAAAAUAAAUGAACAAAGUACAUUUUAUGAUGUGACAUCCUUGCUUUCAUUGCCUGCUUCUUCACUAUUUUCAGAAUUAUCAUUUGUAAAGGGUUUCUAAGCCAUUGCUGCAAAUUAUUGGGGUUCUACUGUAACUUUUGGAGUUUAUUCUAAAGCAUACAUGUUCUCCUAUGAAAAAUUUCCACCUGGACAGAUACAUUAUAUAACAUGCUUGUUCAGAAUAUUUUUACAGUAUUUGUAUCAUAUGUAGUAACUAUUUGAAAUGAACCAGAAUAUUUGGAUGAAUUCAUUCUGAAUUUUGCAGCAUUGGACUACUUUAUGUAUGUAUAUUUGCUAACUGAAUUUUCUUGGCUUUGAGAGCUUUGAUUUUUUUUAUUCUCUGUUUGCUUGUUUUAAUACCAUUACAACUCAGAGGGAAAAACCUAAUACUCCUGGGAAUCCGUUUGAAAAUUUUAACGGGCAGAAAUAUGUUUAUGCAACUCGGUACCAGUCCACAUGUGAACUUUCAAAUUACAUGGUUGGUACUGAAGCAAACAAAUAACGUUACAGUUUCCUAGUGUUAUUUUUUUUACUAAAAUGAAGCCUUGUAACUUUGAAAGUUCAUUCAACUUACAGUAAUGCAUGUUUAUGUUAGGCAUGUAAUGCAUUUAGCUAAAACUCACUUUGCAAAGGACAAGUACUAGGAAAGUAUUACUGCUAAUGGAAAGAUGUCUUUAAGUUAAAAUUUAAAUUUUUGUCCAGUUUUAAUUUGCUUUGUGUCAGGGCAAUAAAUUUAUAGUCGCUUUUGCUCUACUUGGCAUAUAAAACCUUGUUUCCUUUAUAAAAUUACAUCUUCUGGUAGGAAACACAAACUGAGGCAAGAAAACAUUUCUAAGAGUUGUUUCUUGCUUUCCUUAAUCCAAUGGAUGGAAAGGUAAUAUUGUGUAAACAACAUUAUUUUAUUUUUUUAUGCAAUAUCAUGCUGUAAAUAUGAUUUAUCAAAUAAGGAUGUACCUAUGAUUGAAUCUUUGAUUCUGCACAGCUAGAGUUUAUAUAUAAAUAUAAAUGUGUCUUGACAAUCAAGGACUUAUGUCAGUCUUCCUUUUUGACGUUUCUUAUUGUUAUGCAUUCCAUUUGUUCGACUUGAGUAUUUGUAUUGUCUGUAAAGUAUGUAAUGUUUUUAUAGCUUGUUUAAAAACAAAACAAAAAAGCCUGUAAAUACCUACGAACUGAUCACAGUACCGCUCUGUUAGAAGGCAUAUGAUGAUGUACUGGUUGUAAGCAAUAAUACACAACAGUGCUAACUUUACAAGUAGCAUGAGGAUAAGUUCCAAAAAUACCUUUGGGAGUUAAUAGCCUUGUUUGAAUUAAUGAAUAUUCUUAAUCAUUUUUUUUAUAAAUAAAUUCAGAUGUCCUCCUGCUGGAGUAUAUAACAUUGUUUACACAGCACAAUUUCAGUCACAUAGGGGACAGUCUUUAGAUCUGUGGCUUCAUCUGUACACACUUUGAGUAAGAAAUGAAUGGCUUGUCUGCACUUCUGCAAGCUGAGGAAGACUGCAAAAGUUGAAUAGCUGUGUCUCUAAAGGAUGAGAGAUACUAUUCUGCUUCUGUGCCGAUUCCUGACAAUUCCUCCGCUUAAAUCUGGAGCCUUUAAGUCCCGGUACUGAACUGAUGAGACUUUGGCCUCCAGUAGAAAGGAGUAGUUCUCUUCUUAUGUGAUAUGCAGAUAAACAGUUAACUUACAAGUCACCUCUUCGUUUGAGUUGCGUAUUUUUCAAAUUACAAGCUAUGAGAUGGGUAUAUUCCAAUAAAUAAUCUAUAUGUUGAACUUAUAGUUUGAAUUGAAUAGAUAACAGAAUGUACAGAGCAGCAUAACUAUCUGAACAGUCAUCACUGCUUUAGAACCCCCUACCCCCAAUUUAUAAAUGUAUAUGACCUACAUUUUAUAGACAAAAAAAUGUUUUUAAAUGCUAGUCAUUUAUAUAAUAUGUGCUUUGAAGGAUUUGCUAGUCCACUUCUGUCACUUUUAGUACACUGGUAUCUUUUAUAUGUAAUGUAUGCUUUUUAUUAUUAUUAUUAUUAUUGUAGUAAAGCAUUUCAGUAGGAGGAAUUUUACAACAGUAUGAGGGGUUGAAAUUUUCAUUGUCAGAAAUGAAUUAUACUGGACUUUGUGUAGUCUUGUCUUUUUUUUUAGUGCUGUCUGGCAAGGAACUUGGUAUUCAGUAAAGCAAGUGACCUCGUUUUAUUUUGAAGGCAUACUAUGUAGUGCUGAAUUGGAUCUGGAAAUUGAUGAAGACAGAGAAAUUAGUACAAAAUCUAGAGUACAGAAGAAAUUGUAUUAUGAAAACCUGAUGAUAUAUAUAGUGGAACACUAUUACAGUGCAUUUCCUAUAUAAUGUUAUUUUCCAGAAGUCCAUAUGCCUUCUUUGUAUUUCAAUUAAUAAAAAAAAAAAUGCAUACAGAUAAAAUUAGGAUAAUAGGUUUAUUUCAAUGAUUGUACAGUAUUUCUUUAUCCUACAACAUCUUUUCCGUCCUUUUAUUAUCAAAGACUGUAGCCUCAAUUCCAUCAGUAAAAGUUUGUAUAUAGGUGAGAGAUGGUUUUGUAGGAACCUGAAAAGUAUGAAUUUGUAUAUUUCUUAUGUUCCUGACAGAAAUCAGUAUGUGAGUGUUUCUUUAUUCCUGUGAAAUGAGGAAUUUCCUGAUGGAGAGAGAGAGAGUGUGUGUGUGUUUGUGUGUCUGUGUGUGUGUAGAUACAUGAAAGAUGUUUGGGUCUCAAGGCAAAAAUGAUCCAAGUAUAAAAGGAUUUAAUGUAGCUCAGUGUGACUUGCAUUUAAUUUUAAAAGAAACAUUUAAAUUUCAUAAUUCAAAAAAGACAAAAAUAGUUUUGCAGGAAACAAAACUAUUUGGAUAGCAGGCUUGACCAAAUGAAUUUUGGUUAAACUUGAUAUAUUUUAAAUGAUUCUAUUUCUGCCUUUAUUUCUGCCCUAAAAGCAACGUAAAAUAUUUUGGGAGUUACUCUUCCUGUUCGUUUGACUGUGAGUGUAAUUUAUAUCAUGGUUUACAAAAUGUGGCAUGAAGGAUUGGAUUGUUUUAUCUGUAUAAUGCAAUGAAAGAUUGCUUUUUUCUUUUUUUUUUUUUAACAUAAUCAUGGUGAAUGGUAUUGUAUUCUUAGGAUUGGUUUAUUCAUUAAGUGUCUUAAUGAGUUUCAUCACUUUUGACAUUAUUGUUUUCUUAUGGUUAACUUAGUUUUGGGGGGUUUAUAAUACCUUUCUCUGUAUUGUGAUACUAAGGGAAGUUAUGGUUUUGCUUUAUUUUUAAUUAAACUAAUAGUUUGGUAAUUUAUAUUUGCAAAUGAUGCAUUUUAAAUGUGGUCACUUGCUGUUUGAAAAAUAAAAAUAUAGAAUACUGUUUUAUGAA